AGAAGUAUCUUGGCAUUCUGAAUUUGAACCACAUUACCAACGGUAACAUUUGGAAUAGUUCAGUGAGUUAAGUGUGCAGUGUGUGUAGUCCUACGGCAAAUAGGCGUGGUGUGCUACAGAUGUGGACCCGGGUUACAAUGCUUGAAAAUCAAGCCAUCAUUACCCAGUUUCGGAGUUCUUGAGUUUUUUAAGAGAUCGACAUAACUUAAUAACCUUACUCUUUCAUCUAAUAGCAUCAUCGCUUUCCCCUCUUUCUAUUUACUUCUUCAAAAUGCCAGCUUAUCGAAAGUUGGAAUCCUCAGAGCCAACUUUAGGGUACCAGAUGGCUAGAACACUCACCGUUACUAGCCUUGCAGCAGCCGUAGUGCUCUCGUUUGGUGCUCUAUUCUACACAACAACGAGUCGCCAUACAACCUCGGCCGUAGCGCAUUAUAGUGCUUUUCAGUGUGGUUUGCCUCCAAAGCUGACAUUUCCAGUAUCAGAAGAUGGAACAUAUACACCCACUGAUCCACACCCUUCUCUUCGACAAAUCGUCACCUUUGUCAAACCAGAAGACCAUGACCAGUACUGCGAGCAAUGGAAGCAGUUGGCCGACUUGGAAAAUGCUACAGCUGCGUAUGAUCGCAAUAUACAAGACCAAUGUGGCAAUUGGCAAGAGAAGUAUAAGCGCUUGCACCAGCGUCGUACUCGACAACUGGAGCAGUUGAAGAAUGGAGAUCUGGACGAAAAAAAUUAUGAAGACCGUCCAAAGUUCAUUUCGUACAUCUGCGCUAGUCUUGGAGGCUACCACCACUCUGGAUGCGGCGGACUUGCUGAUAGAAUGAUGGGAAUGGUGUCCACGUUCUUUACAGCCUUGGUCACGGAUAGAGCUUAUUAUGCUUACUGGGAGCCACAUAACCCAUUUGAACUGGAGACAGCAUUCGAAGCUCCCAAUAUUAAUUGGACCUACGAUGUAGACACCUUCAACCGCAUUUACGAUAAUUCUUCGCUCAUGACCAGUCGUCGCUUCCUGGAUACCAUCAAUGUCAAGUUGGGAUACCUUGACACCAUGCUUUUCGGAGGUGGAACUGACACCAACUUUACUGAACUUUGGCCAGAAAGUUUGAUCGAAUCCAUAUCCAACCGUGGCUAUGUACUACAUACCUUGAGAAAUUCAACCAUAUACCCUCAAUUUUUGAAAUCCAUGGGCCUCAAUGAAGAAAACAUCUUUGGCUGUAUUACCGACUUUUUAUUCCGCCCCACCAUAGGAUCCAGGCGAUUCAUUGAUGCCUAUCGAUAUCUACUUCGCCUUGACAGUGUCCUUAGUAUCGGUGUCCAAAUCCGAACAGGCGAUGACAAUAUCAUUGAUCCAGCUACUGGAGCUCUGGGUACCGACAUGGCGACAUACGAUUACUUUUUUAAAUGCGCACGGCAGAUUAGUGAAAGCCGCCGAAAGCCACAUCAUACCAAAGUAGUCUACUUCCUCGUUACGGACUCGGCUUCGUUGAGAGAUCAGGCGGUCAAGCUAAAUGAUAAUCCCGUUCUCAGUGAAAAGUACUUUGGAGACAAGAACUCUCGGGUGCUGGUCACUGGGCUGCCUAUUGAGCACAUUGAACGCGGAGAGGUGACACAUGCCUAUACCAAACACUUGAACCUCACUGACGCCGAACGAAACUCCAUAGAACAUCAAAUCUCUCAUAAAGAGCAAAUCGCCGGUGUCAAUAGUGCCAUUAUUGAAAAUUACAUCCUGAGUUCCACUUCCUAUCGCGUCAUCACCAAGAUGGGAUACGGUAAAAUGGCUGCGUUCAAUUCUCGGGUCAAUGGCACCACCUAUGCUCUUCCAGUGUUACGCAAAUAUGAACUUGGCGCUGAGGUCCCAGAUUGUAGCGACCCGAACGCCAUAGAAUCGUUUGAAAACCUAAGUCUUAUGUGGAGCUUGGGUUAAAAGGCUUGACUCCAUGUCAAUUAAUAUACUCAUGAUGGUUUUGUUAUUGUUCUCUACAAGGCACGAUCACUCCCUACUUUAUUUCUGUACCAUAGUUAUCUUCAUUCCUUCCCCACCCCGAUCUUUUGCCGUUGACCAGCUUGUCAUCUAUGUAAUUUAUUGAUGCUGUGCAAAAUUGCUCAGUUCUGAAAAAUAAAAUAAAUAGACCUUUCAAUUGAAGCUAAUUAUGACCCC